AUGACAUGAAUCGCCCUUCGUCCUGGUCCGUUUCGCCCACGCAGCGUGAUGGGUACCUUGCUGACAGUGAGGAGAACGUCGACCUGUCUUCACUGCAGGCUCAGAUUCAACAAGCGCGGAAUAACGCUAUGAAAACAGAACGGAGAAAACACGAGAGCCAAGAAACGAAGCGACGGGAGUCUGGAGAGAAAAAUGCAAAAGAUGAGCAUAUUGCAGCAACAGAUGAUUCUACUUCUCAAAGACCUCUUGAGAACGACUUCUCCGACAGAGCCCCUUUAAAAAGUACUGAAUGGGACAGCGACUGGGACAGUGAUUUUAGUCUACAUGUCAAACCGCUUAGCGACUUAAGUGCGUCGAGUAGUGACGAGUCCCAGUGGGAGCCCAGGAACCAAACGAGACCAGCGAAUAAUGAAAGUAGAGUCCGAAAGAGAUCUGACAAAACCGUGACAAAUGCUGCGAGAAGAAAAGAGAGUAAGCUGGGCACUACAGAACAGCGUAAAGGCUCUGAGAUUGAAAGAACCUUAGAAGGCAGAACUCGGAGGAGUAUUGGUGGAGAAGACUAUCCUAGAGAAAGACGAGAUAAAAGGCCAACAGUUAAACCCAUUCCAAAAAUCGGUCAAGAUUCAGACUCAGAUGAGGUUCAUUUCCGUCCCAGGCCCCGCGCUUUCCGGGGCGACGACGAAUUAAGCGAGAGCGACAUGAAUUUCUUCAAACAACAGUUCCAAGCCCCUAACUCAAGCAGGGACCAUAAUAAAGGCAUCAGCCAAGAAAGUCCUGUUGGCUGUAAAGGCAUUAAUUGCUAUCGCUGUUCGUCCUUCAUCCCUGAGUGCGAAGGCAUUUGUUCCAUGUGCGGUACUUUAUGUCAGCGGUCAGGGGGACCGUGCAAGGCUUGUCGGGAUAUCUGCGAGAGAUGCGGCAAGCCAAGGUACAAGUGUUCAUCAGCUGAUGAGAGACUAGAAACUAGUGACGAGGAGAGUGAGGGGAAAGAGGAGCACUUUGAUGCAGAAGGUAUGUCGAUCGUGGUUAGUUCUACUGAAACUGGACCGGAGAUACCAGCACAAAGAACAUCACCUUUCAGAGGUCACAUAAAUAGUCCCGCAUCGGCAUCAGCUGAAGAAAUGAAUCGGGAGGAGAGUUUGAUAAUGAUUGAUAAAGAGAGUAUCAAAAAGAGCAAAGAGAGAAAAAUCAGAGCGCCGCCUGAAAGAAAAUCGAAAGAUCCCCACAGUGUUAAACGAGUGCGAAAGAAACGCUACAGGACCGUUGAUGACGAGGAUAAUGAGAUGCCGGAAGAAAAAGAGGUCAUUGAGGAAGAGGAAAAUGGCGACGAUCGUCCACAAUCUGCUGAGCCCACUCAAGUGAGUUCGGAUGAAGUUAUUCCUGCCAAGCCUCAACCCUCUGCAUUCGCCGCCAAAGGCACUAAGAAAACUAAGCCAUCUAAAAAGAUUAUCUCGCAGACUGUCGUUUAUAAGGAAAAGGAGAAGCCACCAAUGUCCAUACAAGGAUAUUCUCCUGAACGCGAAGAGAUUAACGAAGACGAUUCUGUGGUUACAAGCUCCACGCCCCUCGUGGAAACCGUUGAGCCUGGUGAAGACUUGUCAAUAGAAAAUAAUGGCGAGGGAACUGGAGAACAGAUGCAAAUGAAAGAGGAAACUGUUAAGGGGGAUGGCACUAACGAUGACGUAGCUGAGGAUGGGAAAGACGUUAGUUUGAAGGGCGAAGAAGAACCACGUGCAAAUAAUGAGGAACUUGAAGAGGAAAAAGAGAAAGAGGAGGAAAAGGAAGAAGAAAAGCAGAUAGAAAAAGAAACGAGAACUGCUCCUCCAAAGAUUCGAGGCGUAUCACGUGUAAAUGCAGCAUUCAAAGAACGAGCGGAGUUGGGUAAAAGACUGCAGAAAGUGUUAAAGGAAGCUGUCAGUGAAGUCAUGGGACAAGCCGAUAUAAAAACAAGAAAAGACUCAACAAUUGAUUAUAUCGCGCAGUACCGACUUGUCGACCGAAGUCGCCUGGAAAUGUACGGCCGCGCGUUCACACUGGAAGACGAGGACGAGGAUGGAAUUAUAUCUUACGAGCAAAUGAUGCUUGCCCUAGAGGGGGUAUCGAGUAUUGCAGGGAUGUCGAGAAAGCAGCUUUUGUUCGUGUUACAGGUGCUGGAACUCUUCCCAGGCUCGAGGAUAACUUUCAAGAUGUUUUCAGUGGCUACUGCACUGUGCGAAAAAGUAACCAUUCUGGAUGCGUUUGUCAAGCAGCUGGUCGAAGAACUAGACCUGUUUGAAUUGGAGUGUAAAUUGGACAUGUUCAGGAAUAUGUUUUUUGUCACCGGUGAUUUCUCUGUAACUUACAUCACCGCUGACCAACUAAGAAUUGAACUGAAGGCCGGUGGGCUCAACCAGAAUCAGGAGGAUCACGUGAUAAGGCAUAUACUUCAGUCCAGCGAUACUGGAGAGAUUUCGUUUCUAGAUUAUAUGGCGUAUCUACCUCUAUUUCUGUCCAUCCACCAAAAUAUCUGUGACAACGCCCUUGAUAUGUCACGCAACAAGUAUCAACGUAACAGUGCAACAUGACAACAGGUUACACUAAUGGAGGAUGCAUUGUGACAUCCACUUAAACAUUUGUGACAGCGCUCUCGACAUGUCACGUGAUAACGUAAUGAAACUGUGUGACAUCAAGUAACCCCACGGAUAUACUCUUGUCAUGUCAUGUCAUGCAGCAAGAAUCGACUUGACUUUAAGUGCACCUGACUUAAGAGAGAUACAUCACGGCGGGUGCGUGGCAGAAUUAAAGCGAAUUUGACAUUUUCCGCCAAGUCUUCAAUAAAUUUAACGGGGAAACAAACACUUUGUUAAGCAUGUGUUGUUAGGAGCUACGAAGACACAAACUGAUAUUAUUGUCGACAAUAAUAUAAAAUAACAAUAAAAAUAAUUUUGGUUAGAAAUACAACUAUAUCUCA